AUGACUGAUACACUUGCAUUCCGUGGUACUUUGGAAGGUCACAACGGCUGGGUCACCUCCAUUGUCACCUCUCCCGAAGCUCCCGACAUGGUCAUCUCGGCAUCGCGCGACAAGUCUAUCAUCGUUUGGAAUAUCACAAGGGAUGAAAUUAACUAUGGCGUGCCUCGCAAAUCCCUCCUUGGCCACAACCACUUUGUUGAGGAUUUGGCCUUGUCAUCCGACGGUCAAUUUGUGCUUUCGGCUUCCUGGGACAAGACCCUUCGCUUGUGGGAUCUCAACACUGGCACCACCACUCGUCGCUUUGUUGGUCAUACCAACGAUGUGCUCUCCGUUGCCUUUUCGGUUGACAACCGUCAAAUCGUUUCCUCCUCGCGUGAUAAAUCUAUCAAAUUGUGGAACACCUUGGGUGAAUGCAAGUACAACCUCGUUGAGGAUGGUCAUAGCGGCUGGGUUUCAUGCGUUCGUCUUUCACCUAAUCCUGCCAACCCUGUCAUUGUUUCUGGUGGCUGGGACAAGCUUGUCAAGGUUUGGGACCUUAGCAAGCUCAAGUUGCGUGCCAACUUCGUUGGCCACAAUGGCUAUGUCAACGCCGUUACUGUUUCCCCUGAUGGCUCGCUUUGUGCUUCUGCUGGCAAGGAUGGUCAAGUGAUCUUGUGGGAUUUGAAUGAGAACAAGCACUUGUACUCGCUUGAUGCCAAUGAUGAAGUCCACGACCUUAUCUUCUCCCCCAACCGUUACUGGCUUGUCGCUGCUACAGGUGCUUCCAUUCGCAUUUGGGAUCUCGAGAACAAGAGCAUUGUUGAUGUCCUUCAACCUGAAUUUACCAACAAGGGCAAGGUGCAAGAUCCCCAGUGCUUGUCACUUGCAUUCUCAGCCGAUGGCAACACCCUCUACUCCGGCCAUGCAGACAACUUGAUCCGCGUCUGGCAGGUGUCUCGCACUUUGUAG